AGGAUAGCUAACCAGCCAUGGCAUGAUGACUGAACAUGGAAGCAAAGACUUUGUCUUGUGGAAAAAGUGGAUUUGGACCAGCAUGACGGAGACACGUGUCUAUGUCCUGAAGAAGACAAAGUGCAGCCUCCGUCUUAAAUAGAUACUGUUCUUGAAGAGUCUUCAUCCUGACUUUCAGUGAGAGCUCAUGUGGAAUAACCACAACGUGGGGUUAAACAGCUUACUACUACACACAAAGGAGGGGCUGAAAUCAGAGUCCUCCCCUUAGAAGUGCAUUUCUUGCAUGUUUGUGCAUGAGGUGAGCUGGCAAGAAAAGGAAAGGAGGACAUGAAGCAGCGACACAAGUGGAAGACGGGCGACAAAACGUCUUCAGAGCAACGAAGAACAGACUUUGACAGUGGAGUUUUUUGUUUGAGAGAAGCUUUCAUUUCAUUCUGUGUGUUCGUCUUGGACUUGUCAGCACCUUUGAAUCCGACACAGUGUGACGAUGCUUCAUCCUACCUGAGCUUCACUCCACAUUUUCAUCCCCCGACGCUCUCAGCCUCCAUCCCGUCAUGAACUUGCUGUGUCGAGGACGUCUGAAGCUUCUAGUUGCGUCUCUAACGGCCGUGGUGCUGCUCACUUGGUUAUACCUGCUGUCUGGAAACUUGGAGAAUGAUUGCUCCAUACCCAUUCCUCCCUGUUUGACCGACACGCCUGCAUCGACACUCCUGGAACAAGCUGUCCUUGAGUCACGGGUUCGAGAGGUGGAAGCAGAGAACAGGCAGAUCAGACUGCAGCUGAGCCAAUCGCAUGCCUCUGCUGGCCAGCCAGCUGAGGCCAACGAUGGCAACCAGCAGUGGGGAGCCUCUGCUGAUACGGGACCAGAGGAUGGCUACAACACAGCAGAGGAGAAGAGCAACCACACAGACUGUCCAAGAUUGCCCACCGUCCAAAAGUGUGAGAUAAUACAUGUUGCCUGUGUUUGUGCUGGACACAACGCCAGUAGAGAUGUGGUCACACUUGUCAAAUCCAUCCUCUUUCACAGGAGAAACCCCCUGCACUUUCAUUUUAUCACUGAUGCUGUGGCCAACCAAAUAUUGAGUUCCCUCUUUGAGUCAUGGAUGGUCCCAUCUGUGCAAGUUAGUUUCUACGAUGCCGAUGAACUCAAGUCUGAGGUCUCAUGGAUACCAAACAAGCAUUACUCAGGAAUUUACGGCUUGAUGAAGCUGACACUAACCAAAGCCCUCCCGUCUGACCUGCCAAAGGUCAUUGUUCUGGAUACAGACAUCACCUUUGCCACUGAUAUCGCUGAACUCUGGGGAGUUUUCAGAAAGUUCACAGACAAACAGGUUAUUGGUCUGGUGGAGAACCAGAGUGAUUGGUACCUGGGAAACCUGUGGAAAAACCAUAAACCCUGGCCUGCACUAGGCCGGGGUUUCAACACAGGUGUCAUUCUUCUGUACUUGGAGAGGUUGCGACGAAUCGGAUGGGAGCAGAUGUGGCGGCUGACAGCAGAGAAGGAGUUAAUGAACAUGCUGAGUACAUCUCUGGCCGAUCAGGACAUCUUCAAUGCCUUCAUCAAACAGAACCCAGUCUUGGUCCACCAGCUGCCCUGCUUCUGGAAUGUUCAGCUGUCUGAUCACACUCGCUCUGAGCUCUGCUACACCGACGUUUCUGACCUCAAGGUCAUCCACUGGAACUCUCCAAAGAAGCUCCGUGUGAAGAACAAGCAUGUGGAGUUUUUCAGGAACCUUUACCUGACCUUCUUGGAGUAUGACGGAAACCUGCUGCGACGUGAGCUGUUCGGCUGCUGGAGUCAGGCGAGUCCAGAGAGCAUACAGUUGCAGACUGCUCUGGAGGACCUAGACGAGGAUGAUCAGUGUUAUGACUUCCGCCGGGAGCGAAUUACAAUUCACAGAAUACACCUCUACUUCCUGCAGUAUGAAUAUAUGCUCAGCGAGAACGACAACGAUGUCACACUGGUGGCCCAACUCUCUAUGGACAGGCUGCAGAUGCUGGAGGCCAUUUGUAAACACUGGGAAGGUCCCAUCAGCUUGGCGCUUUACAUGUCUGACGCAGAGGCUCAACAGUUUCUACGCUACGCUCAAGCCUCGGAGGUCCUGCAAAAGCGUAAGAAUGUGGGCUACCACAUUGUCUACAAGGAGGGUCAGUUCUACCCUGUCAACCUGCUGAGGAAUGUAGCCCUGAAGAAUGCCAAAACGCCGUACGUUUUCCUGACAGAUGUGGACUUCUUACCAAUGUACGGUCUCUAUGAGUACCUGAGAAAAUCUGUGGUCCAGUUGGACAUGGCUGAUACGAGGAAAGCCCUGGUGGUUCCUGCUUUUGAGACACUUCGGUAUCGCUUGUCCUUCCCCAAAUCCAAAGCCGAGCUGCUCUCCAUGCUGGACAUGGGGACACUUUAUACCUUCAGGUACCAUGUGUGGCCUAAAGGCCAUGCUCCUUCCAACUAUGCCAAAUGGAGAACAUCUACCACACCUUACAAGGUUGACUGGGAGCCAGACUUUGAACCUUAUGUUGUUGUUAAACGAGAUUGUCCGCAAUAUGAUCAACGUUUUGUGGGAUUUGGCUGGAACAAAGUUUCCCACAUCAUCGAACUGGAUGCACAGGAGUAUGACCUUAUGGUUCUCCCAAAUGCUUUCAUGAUCCACAUGCCCCACGCUCCGAGCUUUGACAUCUCCAAGUUCCGUUCCAGCUCCAGCUACCGCAACUGCCUGAACACCCUCAAGGACGAGUUCCACCAGGACUUGUCCAGGAAGUAUGGCUCAGCUGCUCUCAAGUACCUCACCGCCCAGAGGAACAUCUAAAAAGAUCUGUCACAAACUUCCAGAACCUUUCAGACAUUUUUGGUUCCUGUGUUCAUUGGUUCUCCCUAAAAGAGACGAGACAAGAUGGAACAUGAUGCACAAGGCAUUGGAAUUUUCUUUCAGGCAAAAUACUAUCAUGCUUUCUUCUGACAAUCAGGGGUCUUUCACACAUGAUCCAGUCUACUGGACAUGUUGGCGUUUAGGGCUCAUUUGGAUCAGCAUCAUCUUGAAGAGGUCACUUCAACAGGAGAAUGUUUUACGCCUUAUCACUUCAUGGAGUAUUUACUAAGGUCAUUCACAUAUUUUCAUCUUUGUAGUGUGAAUAUCAACUUAUUAACUUAAGAUUCACUUUUAUUGAUCAUUCUUUCGACCACUAUUAAGAUUAUCAAUCAAAGGCCAGUUUAAUCCAUUCUGAUGAUGUGUUUGUUUCAUAUGCGUACAGUACAGUCAUGGAAAAAAUGAUUAUACCGGCCUUGUUUCUUCAGUUUAUUGAUCCAUUUUAAUGUCUGGUACAACUAAAGGUACAUUUGCUUGGACAAAUAUAAUGAUAACAAAUAUAAGCUGAUAUCUAGCAGCUUCCAUGGUUUUCUUCAUAAUAACCAAAAUCACUUAAGUUCUUACAUGAAUAGCUAUAGCAUUGUACUGCAAAAAAAUGAACUCUUAUGAGCUAUUUUUGUUGUCAUUGUUAUAUUUGUCCAAACAAAGGUACCUUUAGUUGUAUCAGACAUUAAAAUGAACAAGAAACUGAAGAAACAAGGGUGGUGUAAUCAUAAUUUCCAUGACUUUACUGUAUAUAUACAGUAUCCAGUAUGUCACAAUACAGUAGUGAGUACACUCAUCACAGUUCAGGAACCAUUUCACUAUAUCUUCCCAAGGGACAACACAGAAACAAUAUGAAACUUGGAUAUGACUUAGAGUAGUCAGUGUUUGGUGAGGCUAUUCAACUUGUGGACAAAUAAGGCCCGUGAAUGACAUCAGGCUGUCCCACGAGUGCAAAACUUAUUCACGAAACAUUUUGCAACAAAAAACAGCAGAGCAGUCCUAUCAUAUACAGUUGGGGUGUCCAACCUUUUUCCAGCGAGGGCCACAUUCUGAAAAAUGAAAGUAUGCAAAGAUGCAUCUUAGCUUUGUGAUAUAAUAAUUUUCCAAUAUUUCUUUUUCCUUAAUAUUAGUAUAUUUUAAUUUUUGUAAUAUUAGGACUUUAUUCCCAAAAUAUUUAGACAUCUUAACUUUUUCCCAACCAAAUUUCCCAACUUUAUUUUGUUUUGUUUGUUUCUCAUGGUAUUAGAACUUUUGAAAACUAAUGUAUUUUUUCAGUAAUAUUUCUAUGUAUUCUAUUCAUAUUAAUAUUUAUACUAAAAUGGCAUUUUCCCUCAUUAUAUUACGAGUUUAUGAUCGUAAAAUUGCAACUUUUUUCUUGUUAGAAUACAACUUUGUUCUUUUGAUAUCUUGACUCUAGUAAAAUUACUCCAUUUGCUAUUUUAAUUUUUUUUACUGCUCUUGUUAAAUUAUAUAUUUAGAAUGUGCCUCGGGCCAAUAAAAAUACAGCCACAAAUGACCUCCUGGCCGCACAUUGGACAACCCUGUAUUGUGACUUUUUUUUUUAAAGAUUUUAAAGAUUACCACUAUUUUUGUUGAUUAUAUAACUUUAUUCUUCUAAUAUAUUUUAUGAUAUUCUUGUAAAAUGUCUUUUUUGCUGUAGUUUUUUUUUCAGUUGUUUAAUUGUGUUUUUAGAAUGUGCCAAGGGCCAUUAAAAAACCCAGCUGCGGGCCGCAAAUGGCCCCCCCGUUGCACUUUGGACGCCCCUGAUAUACAGUAGAGGCUCUUUGACUGGCAUAAAAUAUGACUUUGACUUCAUCUGUGACUGUUAUCAAUUUGCUGAGGUAAAAACAUGAAGGUCUUACAUUACAAUACCAUUCGCUUUUCGUACGCCCCGGUUUUCAUAGGAUUAGUUUUUUGCGGAAAAUCUUCACAUAGAUUUUGCCUUGGUUUUCGUACAAUAUUGCGCGUAACAAACUGGUCGGUUUGUCCUGUACUGCAUCAUUCCGCAAAAUGGAGUUCCCAAACAAAGCCAUGAUUGUCUGCCUUAGUCCUCUUAGGCAUGGACUUGAGCAGAGCUGCACAGGUUGUUUCUGUAGUCCUCGUCCCACCCCCCUCCUUGAUGAUGUCACUGGCAGACCUAGUGGGUGUUGCACACCUCUCACUUCUCCACCUUCUUUCCUCCCAUUCUUCUGUCUUUCCUUACUUACGCUUGAGGUGCUCAGCUGGGUACAGGUGUGCAGGAGACAUACUUGUCCACGCCAUCACCUUGUCCACCUCAUCUCGGUGGACUAAACCGCAGCUCCCCCAGUGCUGGCAGCACUCGUGCAGCCCCAGACUCAGCUACCACCAAAGGAGGGGAUCUUCUCUUCAGAAUAUAACAGUCUGUGUUAGAAUGUUCCCUUUCCCUCUAUGAACCACCACUCACCCGAGUGGUGGCAGCAGAAAAUGAUGCUGUCACCACCUUCAUUAUGUAACGGAACAUAUUUAUGUUUCCUCUCAAUGAAGCCCCUCUCAGUGCUCGCAGCACUCAUGCAGCCCCAGUCCGUGACGUUACCACCACCAUGCUUGACUGUUGACAAAACACAAUUAUCUACGUAAAAGACAAAGUCGCUAGUUUUGUCGUUAGUGACAGUUUAAGUUGAUAAGAUGCUCAACAAAGUGGGAGAUGUGAUACGUUGAUGUCCCCACCGGGAAGACAAUUCAUGCUUGUUGCAUGCUGUUGUCACAGUUCAUGUUAGAAUUCAUCUUCACCUCAUUGAACCGCCGCUCCUCUCCGCCAGUAGCACUCGUGCAGCCCCAGAACAUAACACUACCACCACCACGCUUGACUGCACACAAUUAUCUUGCUACUCACGUGUGUUUCCAGAUAUUUAGAUAAUAAUGGCCGUGUGCUGACCCAUUUUCAGUGGAUAAUACAUCUACACUGAUACAAGCUAUACACUGGCUACUCUAAAGUAUAUCCAGGGGUUUUUUUAUAUUAUCGUCCCUUGAGAAGAUAUAAUAAAAGUAUAUAAUAAAAAUGUGAGGGCUCUACUCAGUCUUUUGUGGGAUAAUGUAGGUGCCACUUCAUUAUAAAGUGAUCGCUACUUCUACUACUACAUCACUACUACUCUACUACUACCCCCAGGCCGUACUUUGGACACUCUUGGUGCAUGGGUAUUUACUGUCUGAUAUACUGGACAUUGUAUGUGUGGUCUACUGAACCAUUCUAUAUUCCAGCUUUCGGCACAUUCAUAACUAUGUACAAUAACUACUAAUAAUAGAUAUUUUACCAUAGAAAUUGUUUGUAUAGAACCCUCCCCUUUUCUCUUCAAUUGCCAUUGUUCACUCACAACACAAUCCAUGUUUAAGUCCAAUAUAUGCCUCACACACUCAUGCUCCGAUCAGGGCUUUAUGCUGCCCAAUCCGAUAUCAUUCAUGCAUGAGUGACAUUGGCCAUUGGUAUUGGCCAGGGCUGCUGAUAGACAAUUCCAAGGGCCCCUGGCAAAUAGGUAAUUAUUUUAAAAAAACAUUUUGGGCAGAUUGUCUGUUUUUACACAAAGCUGAAUUUAAUUUGAUGCAUGUUUUGGAGUCAUACAAAUACAAAUAAACUGUUUUUAGUUCAAAAUAACAAAAUUAACAUAAUAAAAAAUGCAAAUAUAUAUUUUUAUUAAAUAGAGAGAAUAAAUUUAGUGUCCAGGUUGCAGGGGUCUCCAGCUUUCAUCACUUUAGAGCUGUCAACUAUUAGUGUUUUAUUUAUGACUGACAUUUAAAUUGUACACUACUUUAUUUGCCAAGCACAUCUCCACUCAAACGAAUGGUUGUUUGUCUAUAUGUGCCCUGCGAUUGACUGGCGACCAGUCCAGGGUGUACCCUGCCUGUCGCCCGAAGUCAGCUGGGAUAGGCUCCAGCAUACCCACGACCCUAGUGAGAAUAAGCGGCAUAAUGGAUGGAUGGAUCUCCAUUCAAACAGUGCUGCUAUAAUCUUUAUGCUAUUUUGUGCUCAUUUGUCAUAUAAAGACAUAAAGGCAUAAAAAAAUUGAACAGUUAUAAUAAAAAACUACUCUGGACCCUUUGUUGGGCUACUGAAAAUGAGCUGGCGAGCUAGGAGACCCCUGUGGUAGUAUCACCAUCACCAUCCAGGGCUGGACACACACUGUGUUUGUGUUCAUUAAAAAAAACACACACAAAUAGUGUUUUGAGGACAAGAUAUAAUAAGUAUAAUGACAAUAUAAUAAAGUUGUUCAGUGACACUUGAAAAAGUUAGUAUGUACCCCAUGAACGUGAUAUCCACUUGUGGCUUCACCGUGGGACAAAAACGAGUUCUGAACUAACCACGAGGCAGACGACUCUAGCUACCAAGCUAGCUGCCGCCAAUGUAAAGUACAGCCAGUGACAGCUAGACAAAGCCUUUGGUAAGGGAGUGAUCAAACACGCUGGCAUCGAUUGGUGUAGCCUGUGUAAAGCUGUCAAACUGCCGCCAUUGAGGUUUUACAGAUUAGUUUGCGCUCUCGCAAUAUAGGACAAAGUGCGUCCCUUGUCCACUUAAUACGAGACGCGUGAUUUUGUUGGCAACCCUACGGGACACAGAAGGUAGAAUUUGCCGCCACACACCAAUCGGUUUUUGUGAUCGGCUUUGAAAGGCGUUUAUCAGCAUUUACGGAAAUCGGCCGAUAUUGAUCGGCUCAUCCAUAAUUUAAACAAUAAAAUGUAUACUGUAGCUACUCACCACUAAUGAAUGAUAAUGUAAGAUGAUCCAUCAACAGAUGCCAAAACUGUACGUAGACACAACUAUGUUGCGUUUGAGGACCGCCAAACAAAGUGGGAAAUCUCAACACUUGAGGAAAAAACAUGAUCACGCAAGCAAGACACGAGCAUGUAAACAUUCGGGGCUUCUGUAACAGUGGUACACGUAUGCUGUAGUAUUUAUAAAUUCCAUUUUUCUGUGGAAAAAAAUAUUUUCGGCGAAAAAAAACCCAUUAAAAAAUCUUGAAUGCUUGCAUGUCAGCAAUAAUCCACAUCAUCAAAAACACUUUGGUAAACAAUUUCAUAAGGUUCAAUUUAGGGCUGCAACUACUGAUUAUUUUCUUCGUCCAUUAAUCUGAAGCUUGUUGUUGAUUAAUCCAGUGUGAAUAUCUUGUUUUGCCUGAAACACAAAGAUAAUAGGUCUACUUUCAUGGAUGACUAAGGAAAUUAAAAAAUAUUCACAUUUGAAAGGCUGAAAUCAGGGGUUAUUUACAUUUUUAAAUAAGAAACCAUUAACUGAAUACCGAAAUAGUUGUUCAUUAAUUGGAUAAUCGAUGAAUCACCAAUUAUAUAAGAUGGACUAAAGUGCAUUAAAAUUCUCGCUUCCCAUACCGAAGUUUAGAAAUGCAUGUGAUGAGGAGAACACACCUGUAAACUAAAUGGAAACCAUGGUCAAUGUACUCUUAAAAAUACAGUUUAUUACAAUUCAUAUCACAUAUUAUAUAAGUACAAAUACAUAAGAAUACAGUGUAUAUAAGUAUUCAGUGGUACCUCCGUUUUCGUCAUUAAUCAGCUCCAACAGUACAAAACAUACGAAAACAAACAAUUUUUCUGAUAGGAAACAAUGUAAAUCCAAUUAAUCUGUUCCAGACACCCAAACAUAUAAACACAGGACGGAUUUUGUGGAUAAUAAUUAUAGUUUUACAUGCAGAAACUAUAACUGAGACUUUUGUUGAAAACCGAAUCAUAUGAAAAUUGUGGCGUUCGAAAAACAAGAUUUGACUGUACAGUGAAUUCAUAAUCCAGCUAAAAUCAACUCUGAACCCCCGACGUCAAUUCCUGUCCACAUGUCCGGAACGCAUUUAUUGCAACACACAUGAGCACAAGUCUUUAUGUUUUAAAUGUCUUAUUUUCUCUUAUUAUGUCUCCUAUAUUGGGUAAUACAAGUGUAAAAGUGACUAUAGGGGUGUUAUUUCAUGUCUAGAGGGCUGUAAUAAUGUUAAAACCCACAUUUAGAAGGUCGGAAACGGGUUUCCUAUACUCUAACUACUGCUCUAAAUAUUCAAUUCAUAAAUGAGGAAUCUUACUUUGCGGAAAUUCACUUGUUACAGUCAGGUCUGGAACCAAUUAAACGCAAUAAACGAGGGAGUCCUGUACAUAUGAAUAUAUUUCACUAUACUGUUGCAUACUAAUGAAUUAAUUGCAAUUACUGAGCACACUCCUAAAAGGACAAAGAAAUACAUGACGUGUUUAUAUGAUAAACAUUGCUCACCUUUUAUGAAAGUCAUUUUGAGAUUCUCCGUGCAUGUUUAUUAAGAUAGGAUUCCAUAAGUUAAGUUUUAUAAAUGACAUGUGCGAAGUUUUAUACUGGAAAACGAUGAAAGAACGACUUGACAUGGGCAAACAGUUAAUGUAAUGGAUGCCAGUGUUUGACUUUGGAUCAUGGUACGGUCCUGGAACUGCAAGCAGAUAGCAAAAGUUGAGUGUUUUACUGUAUGUCCAACCAUGUCUUUAUAUGCAGCUUUGUAUACCUCUAUUCCAUGUUUCUUCCAUCUCUUUUAGGAUAUUUUAAUCCCAACAUUCAUGUAGUUGAAGAGGCAGAGAAACAAUCCAGGUCAAGACAGAUGCAGUGGGGCCUUAACCACCAAAGUAUGGACGUGUAUCACCAACGACUCGUUGAUGGUGGUGAACACGAUAGUGCCUUUGCUGUAUUGUAAGACUGGAUACUGAUUGUAACGAAAGACCUGAUGUCAGGCACUCUAUUUAUUAUUGUUGAAUCAAAUCAGUCUUAUUUUUCUAUGUCAGUGCUUGAAAUAAAUUUGGCCUUUUGUAAUCAUUUUUUGUGUACAGGUUACUGUGGAACAAUCAAGCUAACCAAGGCUUCCAAGCACUACAGUCAUGUCACUGAUUUCAGCCAUCGUAUGUUAAAGUUUCAUAAUGCUAUUAACUAAACAUUACUACAUGUUUCCACUGGUAGAACAUCCAUCCAUCAUUUUCAUUCGCUUAUUUGGGUCCGGGUGGCGGGGCCAGCAGUCUCAGGAGGGAAGACUUCCCGGUCUCUGGCCACCUCUUCCAAUGCCACCGGGGGGACACCAAGGCUUUCCCAGACCAGCUGUAAGACAUUAUCGCUCCAGCGUGUCCAAUCCUUGCAGCCUCCUCCCGGUUGAGCAACAAAAAAAGAUGCCUGAGCCACCUCAACUGGUUCCUCUCCAUGUGAAGGAGCAGCGAUUCUACUCUGAGCUCAUCCCGGAUGACCAGACUCAUCACCCUUAUGUCUUAAGAUGAGUCCUUUCGGCUCAUUUCGGCCGCUUGUAUCCACGAUCUUGCUCUUUCCUUCACAACCCAAAGCUCAUGGCCAUAGAUGAGGGUAGGAAUGUAGAUGGAUGGUUUCCUAUCUUUACUGCAGACGCCUGUCCAGCUUUCCCUCACUCAUGAACAAGACUCCGAGAUACUUGAACUCCUCCAACUAGAGCAAGACCCCAUACCCAACCCGAAGGAUGCACGCCACCCUUUCCUGGGUAAGAUCAGAUUUAGAGGUGCUGAGUCUCAUCCAGAAUCUUCACAAUCAAACUACUCCAGGAAACCAUAGGUGGGGGUGUCAACGUAGAUGGACCAAUAUUUGAGGGCUCAACUCUCUCUUCACCACGACGGCCCACUACCGCGACCGCUUUACUGGAGACGCUGUGCUGAUCCGCUUGUCGAUCUCACACUCCACCCUACCCACACAUGCUCUACUUUCACAAACCCUUUGGAAUUAUUUUCAUCGUGCAAAAGUUUGAAGACUUAUGGUCGUAAAUAACAUUGCAAAUUUUUUCCCCCUACACAGUUUUUGUGUUAUCCAUCAAUUUCCUAUGCCGCA